AUGAGUGCAGCCGGAAAUGUGAGCGCUCCAGUUGGAGUGCCAGUUGCAGCUGUUGCGGAAAGCAGCGCACUGCACUCGCUGGAUAGCUAUGAUGUGCUCUAUGAUGGCCAGGAGCACGAUGAUACCAAAAGCAUCUCUCACUUGGAUUGGCCCUUUUUGAUUAAGGGCAUCCUGGAGAGCAGCCAGACAUGUGCACCCACCGCACCCGAUACGCUGGCGGCGCUGCUGUGGGCCAUUAUAGCGGUGUUUGGGAUUGUUUAUGCCCUGCUGGGCUAUCGCUGUCUGCGCGCGGUCGGCUUCCUCAGCGGCCUGAUGGUGGGCGCCAAUGGCAUAUUCAUAUUGCAGGACUUUCAAAUAACCUGGCUGGGCAAGCCGGCCGACUCGGCGCUGGCCAUAGUUGCCGGCCUUCUCGGCGCCGUGCUCGGCUCCACAUAUCCCGUGGCCUCCGUUCUAAUCAGCGCCUUUGCCGGCGCCCUACUUUCGGGCGCUGCGAUGGCUGUCUGUGUGGCCACCAUGCCGGACAAUGAGUUUGGGUAUCGCGAGAUUUAUGUGGCCGUGGUGGGCGGCGCCGUCAUCUGCUCGGUGCUGACGCUCUGCUGCGUCAAAUAUGUGACCAUACUGACCUCCAGCAUUGUGGGCACGGCCAUGGUGAUUGGCGCAAUUGAUUUUUUCAUGCACAGCCUGGAGACAAUCAACUGGAUACUCAACAUGAAGCCGCAUCCCAUGCCGCCGCCCUGCUACGGCGGCCUGCUGAUCACCGCCUGGCCCGUGACCAUUGUGAUCAGCAUCAUGGUGCAGUGCUUCAUCACCGCCUGGCGGGUAGAUCAUCGCAAGCGCAUCUAUAUGCGGCACCAUCAACAGCAUCCGCAUGGCGCCCACUUGCCGCACGGCCAGCCCCCGGCGCCGGGUAAUCCGCAUGUGCCCAUGCGGCGGGCCCAGUCGCGCACCCGGGAGACCCGCGAGGAGGCGCGUCAGCGCAAAUUUCGCUAUCUAUAUCAGGUGCGCACCGCGCGCGGCGACAUCAUAUCCCAGAACUUUGUCUCGGCGCUGCAGAAGCGCAUCCAGUUGAGCGGCACGGAGACACCGUCGGAGCGCUCAAUAAAGACGAGCUCCAAUGAGCGGAACACCUUCCGCAGCGAUCGCACCCACUUCACGACCAUCCACGAUCCGGAGCUGUGCGAUAAGAUUGAAAUCGUGCGCGACAUUGGAUAACAAACAAGCAAUAGCUACAUGUAACUAUAUCCGUAAGGGGGGCAGAGAGAGAGAGAGAGAUAGAGCUGGACAUGGGUCGGGGGCGAUUAUAGGACUAGAGAGCUGGACACACACUUACGGAUUAGGAAAGAGCAUGUAGCUAUUGGUUCAAGCAGUCGAAAUGAGCUGCAAACUGGCCAGAAGUUAACUUGGCAGAGAAAGAAACGGAAGAGUCGUAAGAAGAAACGGAAGAUUCUUCAGAAGAAACAGAAGAUGCGUCAAAUAAACGGAAGAUUCGUCGGAAGUAACGGAAGACUCGACAAAUAAAACAGAAGAUUCGUCAAAUAAAAUGGAAGAUUCGUCAAAUGAAACGGAAUAUUUGUCAAAUAAACGAAAGAUUCGUCAAUAAAAGGAAGAUUUGUCAAAAAAGCGAAAGAUUCUUCAGAAGAAGCAGAAGAUUCCUCAGAAGAAACGGAAGAUUCGUCAGAAGAAACGGAAGAUUCGUGAAAUAAAACCCAAGAUUCGUUACAUAAAAUGGAAGAUUCGUCGGAAGAAACGGAAGAUUCUUCGGAAGAAACGAAAGAUUCGUCAGAAGAAACGGAAGAUUCGUUGGAAGGAACGAAAGAUUCGUCAGAAGAAACGAAAGAUUCGUCUGAGGAUGAAGAACAAGCUUUAACUUGAUAAUUAUACGGAAUAUGGUAGAGAAAUUUUAUGAAAUUUUGUUGGUUUCGGUUACGCGUAAAGCUGAUAUUUCAAAAAUAUCUU